AUGCCGGUCGGUGAGGUUACGAUCACUCUUGAGGACGUUGCCACACUGAGCGGUUUACCGAUCGACGGUGAGGCCGUCAUAGUAGACGUACCAGAUCGUGAGUGGUCGGAGACGUGUACCAAACUGUUAGGACAUGCUCCUAACGAUCUUAGCGGGGGUGUCAUUAGGCUUAGUUGGCUUAGGGAGCAUUUCAACAAUCUGCCGCCAAAUGCAUCAGCAGAGAUUACAGGGCAGUUUGCACGAGCGUAUGCCCUAUCUUUGAUUGGGUCUAUGUUGUUCCCCGAUCGGACGGGAGCUACAGUUCACCUGCAGUAUCUACUCCUGUUGGAGAAUUGGCGGACCGCAGGAGGCUACGCUUGGGGAGCAGCUGUUCUAGCCUACCUUCCGAGCAGUGGUUCCACUGAUCUGUUUUUCAAUAGUGAUGUGGCACCAUCCAGAUCGGGUACUCCGACAGUUUGGCAUGAUGCAGAAUGA